AUGGGGAACAUCAUCGACUCUGUGGCGUCAGGAUUCACCAAAGCCAUCGCUGACAUCCUUGCCAAACCACUAGACUUCCUUUCUGGCAAAACUUGCAGCUCAGCCUGCGGUUCAACAUGGGACAUCAUAUGCUACGUCGAAAACUUCUGCGUAGCAAACCUAGCAAAGAUGGCUGCCAUACUCUUCCUCCUCUAUCUAGGUACAUACAUAUACAUACACAUACACGUGUCUGCUUCAGGAUUCGACUCGACAAAUCUCCAUACUGAUCUCACAGUUUCCUAUACAUAUACACAUGCAGUCCUGCUGUUCUUCUACCUUACUUACAAGCUCGGGAUAUGUAGCUGUGUCUGCCAUGGGACGUGUGCGAUGCUCCGUGCUUGCAUCUCCUGCUCCUCCUCAGCAUGUAAGAAGGGCUGCACGCUUGUCUGCAACAAAAUGAGGACUGUCAAACGAGCGCGACAAGAACGGAGAAGAUGCUUUAGAGGCGACGACGACAUCGAAGGGCGCUUCUACUCAGGUUCAAGUGACUGUGAGUCAGAGGACACUGCUCGGCAUAGGUACGCUGCAAGGUCUGGACAUUCUGAAAGAUCACUGUCGAGGAGGUCAGGCGAUAGGAGGAAAGUAUAUCUGGAGAGGUCUUUGAGGCCGAGAAAUCAUCGGGUUAUGGUCGGCAUUAGCCGUCACCCCGACAUAUUGGAUAGAAGGGUGAACCACAGGCAUGAGAGGGCGCUUCAUCAUGGCAUCAAGGUGACGCACACCUCACCGUUUGUGCACAAGGGCGGUGGUAGGAGAGCAGACUACAGAUAGGAG